AUGCCCAACAACCGCUCCCGCAUCGACCUCGCCUCCUUCGUGUUCCAUAUACGCGCCGCGCGGGGAAUCAAAGCGGGAAAACAGCUCUUGCACUGCUACUGCCCUGUUUACUUCCCCGUCUCCGUACGACGCGCCGCACUCGUGCCUUACGCAUUCACAUGCACGUGUCGCGCGUGUAUACACGCUUCACCCACGUCCGAUACACUGCGCAGAGAGUUUGCCACGCACGUCGAGGCGUAUCGCCGGAUGAGCGAGGCUUGGGUGGGCAAGAAAACCAGUGGCUGGGGGAAGAAGGUGGAUGAGGGCGUUGUUAGAGAGUUGAAGGUGUUCCGGAAGGAGCUGACCUAUGGGGUUAUGCUCGGCGCGAUAUCGCGGCUUUAUAUGAACUCGGGUAGGAUUAGAGAGGCGAGAGUGCUUGUUGAGGAGAUGAGACAGAGGUAG